UCACCGGUUGAUACAGUAGCAACCAGAACAUUCAGUCUACUACAGCGAGGCUUAAGCUCCUCUCAAGCGUCACUUCAAAAGGAAUAGAGCUUACUGCCAACAAGCGUCAGACCGUCUCUUGUCCAGUACUCUGUAAAGUCCUACAACAUGUUGUAUUCAGUGAUUCUAGCCUUGGUGGUAAUCCUACAUUGUGGUGCUUUACGUGAUGAGGACCCAGACUUUCAACACACUCACCUCAAACUCAACUCUGUUCCCACGACGACUGGGGAUUCUGUCUUCUGUUUUGAGCACAAGUGCAAGUGUAGUAAUGAUGAAGCCGACUGUUCACAGAAUUAUGGAGCGCUCAAGUUUGUUCCCAAACUUCCGAAUUACGUACGAUUUUUAAAUUUUACGUACAACAACCUUACAACCAUUGACAAGGCAGACUUCUUCUAUAAUCUUACCGACAUUUUUUUUCUUGACCUCGGGGAUAACGGACUGCGCUACAUCCACCCGCAAGCGUUUCGUCCUCUGAAGCAACUGCGAGAUUUGUUUCUACACUACAAUGACCACCUUGACUACCAGGCUCUACAGUCUGUUUUGUUUGUCCAGACCCUAGAGCGGCUUGAUGUUUCGCACGCAUCACUGGGACCUCUACCGACCGAUCUCUUCUACAGAUUCCCCUUACCUCGACUAAAGUAUAUGUACUGGCAUGAGAAUAAUCUGGGAUUCUUGAAUUUUACAGCUUUGAAGCCGUUGGUGAGUCUCGAAAGCAUCGGUCUUUCUUCCAAUUCUAUUUCGACCAUACAAUCCGAUUUCAUGAAUAGGCUUGAAAAUCUAAUUAUUCCUGAUAACGCCAUUGAGGAGUUUCCUGAAACAUGUAGUCCAAAUGGGACUUCCUAUUUCCCGAGGUUGACGAACCUGUUUCUCAAAAACAACCUUAUCUACGCUCUCAGGACACCGAUCUGCUUACCCAAACUGACAAUGCUGCAGCUCAGUGGAAAUCGCUUUGACUCUUUGUACACUGAUAUGUUCAAUAGCCUAAAGUUUCCUAGUUUGGUAGAACUCUAUUUGAAGUCGAUGGCACAACAUAUACAUCAAAUACAGAAAAAUGCUUUCAAUAAUACUUCACUACAAAGAAUAUCUUUGAUGUACAAUGGUAUAAAAUUCAGAGACGAAAGUGUUCAUGCUGACAGUUUCAUUGGUUGUCCCAGAAUAAGGAAUCUUGCACUGAAUGAUAAUGACUUUAGCGAUGUGGACGACGAACGAUUCCUGCAGGUGUUUGGACACAUGACGAAGCUGGUUGGCUUGUUCAUGGGUAAUUCUUUUGUGCAACAAGUGACGCUCAACACGUUCUCUAAGUUUAGAAAUUUACAGAGACUACACCUGUACGGAAACCAAAUACACACACUUCCGGAUGGCGUGUUUGACAAAAACAAUCUGGAGGAGUUAAUUUUGCAUGCCAACCGUUUGAGUCAAAUAACACGAUCGACUUUCGACAACAACACCAUUGCAAGACUAAAAUCUCUCGACCUUAGCGACAAUCUGUUCUCUUGCAAUUGUGAACUAAGGUGGUUCCGUGACUGGAUGGUGACGCAGCCUUCGGUAUUUGCUAAGUCACAAGGCAAAUACGUGUGCUCUGAUAGACAGAACGUGACAGUCAUGUCAUUCUACUUACCUGAUCAGGCGUGUCUGAUGACUACUGAUGUCUACAAAUUCAUUAUAGCCAGCGUGGGAGUAAUCAGCUUUGUUCUCACGUUGUUAUCCUCGCUGUACCGUUACCGCUGGCACAUUCGUCUCGUUCUGUACGAGACAUUUCGAGACAGGUCUGGCGAGAGAAGGAGACGUCUGCAGGAUCACGUGUACAACUAUGACGUCUUUGUGUCGUACGCCGAGGAAGACUUGCGGUGGGUGCAGACGAGACUGAUGCCGGAAGUGGAGCAGCGACUGGGAUUGCGGCUGUGUGUGCAUCAACGUGACUUUAUUCCAGGCAAGAACAUCGUCGACAACAUCGUGGACAGCGUCAACGACAGCAAGAAGAUUCUGAUGGUGUUCUCCACUAACUUUGCUCGCAGUCACUGGUGUCAGUUCGAGCUGGCGUUUUGUCUCCGUCACGUUAUGGAAAAUGAAGAUAACCUGAUCAUCGUGUGUUUGGAGGACAUUUUGUCACGUGAUCUGACGAGCGUGAUGAUGGCGGUACUGAAGACUAACACGUACAUUCAGUGGCGAGACCAUCCAGAUGCUGCAGCCUCGUUCUGGGGACGUCUUGAGAUUGCCCUACAGGAACUUCUUCCUCAACCUGUUUAGAGAUACACUGUAACGCAUUUUAUAUAAAUUCAUCAUUAUUGGCAAUUGCCAACAUAAAAGUUGGGAUUGUACAGCAGAAGGCCAAGACGAUAGGCAAAGAUUUAGGGAUUUUAGGGAUAAAUAAUAUUGAGGGAAUUCACUGAACUAGAACUGGUAGCUGCUCUUUUGGUCUUUAGUUUCAUUGGUGCAUUUUUGUACAUUAAUCUUCAGGAAACUGUUAUAUGCUAUUUUUAUUAAGACGUUUUUAUGUGUGUAAAUGCUUACAGAGGAAUAUACUCUGCUUACAGACUCCUUUUGCUCCUCAAACUGCUUAUUAGGAAAUAAUUGUACAAAAGAAAUAGCUUUUUCUGAUUUAUUGAGGUAUUUCUUACCAAACCUAAUUUUUCCUCAUUGCUUUGUUUGCAUUGUUCGUCUGAUUUUGGCGAUUACACCUAUUAGCCCAGAGGAAGUAAGCAAAUCCGGGGCUUUGCUAAGCGGGUUCUGACUGGCUAAUUAGCAACCUUAUGAACACCAUCCACCUCCUGCAUGACUUUGUUAGGUUUUAACAUGUGUAGUCUUUAAUUUAUUCUUUCCACGUGUACUCUGCAUUUGAGAUAGAGGGGUCCGCCUCGUCCUGCUAGAGUCGUGGUAAAAGAGUUGAAAUGACCCUGCAGUAGGUGAAGCAUUACCGAAUUUUGACUUCAUUUCUUACAUCUAAACGUAAAGCAGGUCCUGCACAGAAUCGAUGUUCUGGAUUCCGAAAACAGCUCCCACAAGGUGUCACAGACACAACAUCCAUCCUCUCCCCCUUUUAGAAACCUUGUUAAGUUCAAUGUAGUAAGCUCACUCGAUCGCUCCCCGACUGCAUCUGACCAAGCAUCUGAUUCAUGUGCUUUACUUUAUGUGGAAGUUAAGGGGAUUUAGAUUAGUACUAAGUAGUGUGGGAUUAGGUUUUGCACAGAAGUAAUUUGUUAGUAAGUAGUUUUUAUUCUGUGAAUACUGUAAAUAAAACCAUUUAUUUGAAUUUGCACACAUAAUUAAAGUGUGUACACGAA